UUUAAGAACAUUUUAUGAAAAUUGGAAUUGGUGAUGAGAAAGGAACCUAAUUCAAACGGAAGCAGGCAAGAAUAGAAAAUUUACCGUCCCAACCGAAAUGCGCGGCACAUCCAUUACCAACUUGAAGCGACGAGAAAAUGGACAAGGGGGCCGACGACAACGGGCGGAGCCGGUGCGGAGAUCUCUAAUUCUUGCAGUUCCCUGAGUAUUGGCGGCUUCAAUCGGCUCGGCGAUCGCCGGGAAGAGAGCGCGAGAGAGACUGAGACGGAUUUUCCAUCCGUUAAGUUAGGGUAAAAGGGGGAAAAAAGAAGCCGAUGGCACAGCGGCGAUGAAGCUUGGGGAAUCGGAGGAUGAAUGCUAUGCAACCAUUAGCAUCUGCAAUUCCCCUCGUGUUCUCAGAGUCGAAGCAGUGCUACAGGUGAUGCUAUGGUUGGACCUCGAUCAUGGUUUGCAGGACUAUUUUCCCGCAAUAGCAAUAAACGACAAAGUGUAGGUGAGAGAGCAACUGAUUUUUCUGUGACCCCUCUUCAGGAAGCACGGUUACAAAAGCUUAAGGAAAGACUGAAUGUACCAUUUGAUGAGACGAGACCUGAUCAUCAGGAAGCUCUCCUAUCUCUUUGGUAUGCUUCGUUCCCAGAAACACAACUGACAGGCCUAGUCUCAGAGCAAUGGAAAGACAUGGGUUGGCAAGGGCCAAAUCCAUCAACUGAUUUCAGGGGUUGUGGAUUUAUUGCGCUUGAGAAUCUAUUGUUCUUUGCAAGAACUUACCCGGUUUCUUUUCAAAAACUAUUGUUCAAGCAAGAAGGAAUGAGAGCUGCAUGGGAAUAUCCAUUUGCUGUUGCAGGUGUCAAUGUGUCAUUCAUGUUGACUCAGAUGCUUGAAUUGAAUUCAGCGAAACCCAAGACUCUACCAGCGAUGAAUUUCCUUAAAGUCUUAUCAGAAGACGAGGAAGCAUUCGACAUAUUAUACUCUAUAGCCUUUCAACUGAUGGAUGCCCAGUGGAUCGCUAUGGGAGCUUCAUAUAUGCAAUUCAACGAAGUCUUAGAAGCAACAAGGAUACAACUAGAGAGGGAACUUUCUUUGGAUGAUAUACACCGAAUUCGAGAUAUACCUGCAUACAACCUUUUGUACAAGUAGUAGUCAAUUGCGAGAGAAUCUAUUAGUUACUCGUAACAAAGUGAAGACAUCUGUUCUUGUUGUAUCGGAGCUACUUUUUUUUCCCAAAAGAAAAAGGGAAAUUAAGAACAAUGAUAUCCCAAUUAUUUGUAGUCGUUCUUUUGUGCUCCAUUGAGCUCUGUACAGGACAUUGCAUCUAGUUAAAUUAAGAAGAAUAAAAGUUCAAUCUUUAUAUGAAA